AUGGGUAGGAUUCCAUGCUGUGAGAAGGACAACGUGAAAAGGGGACAGUGGACACCCGAAGAAGACAACAAGCUCUCUUCCUACAUUGCCCAACACGGCACCCGCAACUGGCGCCUCAUCCCCAAGAAUGCUGGUCUUCAAAGGUGCGGGAAGAGCUGUCGGCUAAGGUGGACUAAUUACCUUCGUCCUGAUCUAAAGCAUGGCCAAUUCUCGGAUGCAGAAGAGCAAACCAUAGUGAAGCUGCAUUCCGUUGUUGGCAACCGAUGGUCACUAAUUGCAGCUCAGCUGCCUGGGCGCACAGACAAUGAUGUUAAAAAUCACUGGAACACUAAGCUGAAAAAGAAGCUUUCGGGCAUGGGUAUUGACCCUGUGACCCACAAGCCUUUCUCUCACCUCAUGGCUGAAAUUGCAACAACACUGGCCCCUCCACAGGUGGCUCAUCUUGCAGAAGCAGCCCUAGGCUGCUUUAAAGAUGAAAUGCUCCAUCUCCUUACCAAGAAGCGCAAUAUUGACGACUUCCAGAACCAAGAACCUAAUGCAGCACCACCAUAUAUUAACAGUAACAGUAAGCAAGAUGAAAAAGAUUAUACUAUCGAGAAGAUCAAGCUUGGCCUAUCAAGGGCUAUACAGGAACCUGACAAUAUGCUACAAUCAACCAAGCCAUGGGACUCUACUGCCGCAAAUUUUGCAGGGGCCUGCAGUGCUUUCCCAGCAUCUAUGUCUGGAUAUCAUCAGUAUGGCCCAUCAUCUUUUGCAAAUGAAGGGGACAGAUCACCAUGGAGCCAGAGUAUGUGUACGGGAAGCACAUGCACAGCUGGAGACCAGCAAGUCCGGUUACAUGAAAAACUACUUGAGGGAGAAAAUGGAGAGGAUUCUGAUGAGGGUGGGAAAGAAAUCAGAAAUGGAUCCAGCAUGUUCAGUACUUCAGACUGUGUCUUAUGGGAUUUACCAUCUGAUGAUCAUCUAAUCAACCCAAUCGUUUAA